AAACGAGUGAAUUUUCAACAACGAUUUCUACAAGAACUGCCAAAAUUUCUAGUACGACUUUAGACGAUUCAUCAUCUUGAUUAUUCGUAUAAUUUAUGAAUAUCGGAUAGUUAAGAGAGACGAAAAAUGAAAAAUCAAAGGAGUGAAUUUUGUUUUCUAGUAUUAAAUUAGUGACGAGUGAUACGAAAAAGAAAAAAAAAAAUAUCAAAACAACGAAUAAAUAAAAAUUUCACAAAGUGACUUUUCUUCAACGACUGCUGUUAUAAACCAAAUUGGCUAUAACUGCAAAUACACACGAGAGAGAUCGGGAGAGCAAGUUAUGCGAAGGACAACACCCACAGGAUUUCUUAUUCAAAAUUAGUCCGGACAAACUUUCUUAUCGGAUGAGAUGAUGGUACGUGUGGCGAACCAGGCGCUUACCGUUUCGCCACAGCCGGCAGUAGCGGUGGAGGGGCCGGUGUCAAAAAUGUCUCCACCGACGAACGACGUGACCAACGGGGUUGUGGCGCCUCAAACCACCAUGGCGCCAAGGGUUCCUCCCACCACGAACCCUGCCCUGGUUCUAACGAAUCGCACCCCCGCGAAAUACACCCCCAAGGACUUUAUCUUUGGAAAGGUCAUCGGCGAGGGUAGCUUUGGAACUGUCUACCUUGCUAAGGACAUUCACACGAGCAAGGAAUAUGCCAUCAAGGUGUGCGAUAAACGUCACAUCAUCAAGGAGAAGAAGACUGAAUAUGUGACACGUGAGAAGGAAGUGCUGAACAUGUUGGCGGGUGCAAAGCAUUCUUUUGUCCGUCUAUACUGCACCUUCCAAGAUUCAGACCGUCUCUACUUCGUACUUUCGUACGCGAAGAAUGGUGAACUUUUACCUUACAUCAACAAGGUUGGCUCAUUCGACAUCGAGUGCACGAAAUUUUAUUCAGCUGAAAUCCUGAGGGGUUUGGAGUAUCUUCACGGUCUUGGUAUAAUUCAUCGAGAUCUGAAACCAGAGAACAUCCUUCUGGAUGAAAAGAUGCACGUACUUAUCACGGAUUUCGGUUGUACGAAAAUAUUGAAACCACCAGAAGUUCCCGUUAACGAAAAUGAGACCCACGUUAGAGAACGGAAGAAUUCAUUCGUCGGCACAGCACAAUACCUUUCUCCUGAAAUAUUGAAAGACAGAAACGCUAGCAGAUCAUCAGACCUAUGGGCAUUUGGUUGCAUUAUCUAUCAAAUGGUCGCUGGUCUACCGCCGUUCAGAGCAAGAAACGACUAUAUGAUCUUCCAAAAAAUUCAAAAACUCGACUACGAAGUUCCUGAUGGUUUUUCCGAACUUGCCAAAACUUUGGUAGAACAACUUCUCGUUUUGGAUCCGACACAGAGAUUAGGGGCGCAGGACGAACAUGGUGCCGGAUAUCCAAGUAUCAGGGCUCAUCCUUUCUUCGAAGGUGUUGACUUUGAAACACUACACGAACAAACACCACCACCAAUUUAUCCUUACCUACCCGGUACCUCGGAGCAUGAAGAAUUAAGAUCGCACUACCGAGUACCAGAUCAUCUAGAGCCAGGCCUCGACGAUAAACAACUUACGAGGUUACUUGGUCUUGGAAUUGGAGAGGAGGAGAAACCUGAACCGAGAGCAGCCGUCGUUGAAAAACCAAGGAAGCAGGCAGGGAUCGCUGAUCUUACGCCGGAAGAAAUCAACUCCAGACUAAAGAAACAAAGAUCAUCCAACAAAUGGGAUUACCUUGUCGAAGGCAAUCUAAUUCUCAAACAAGGAUUGGUUUACAAGAGGAAAGGACUCUUUGCCAGGAGAAGAAUGCUUCUGUUAACAACUGGACCACAUCUGUAUUACGUCGAUAUGGUUAACAUGGUCGUCAAAGGAGAAAUUCCAUGGAGUCCCGAAUUACGGGUGGAACCUAAGAACUUCAAAAUCUUCUUCAUCCACACGCCAAACAGAACAUACUAUCUCGAAGACCCAGACGGUUUUGCGCUGGAUUGGUGCCGAGCCAUUGAAGAGAUGCGAGUCCAUUAUUACGGCCUCCUGGAAUCCACGGCUUGAGUAUAAACAAAAUAAAAAAAACAACUCAUAAGUGAACAUCAUUGAUAUAAAAUUUCAAAAAACAUUUAAGUCUGCGAGAGGUGCCUCAUAGGAAGAAUUAAAUCAAAUAGGUUAAUUAUUGAUGUGAGUUAUUUAUAUCGCGUAUAAGGCAUGUGUCCGAUACGAAAUAUUUAGGAAAAUUUAGGUGAAUUCGAAGUUGCACGUUAUUAGUUAUAGUUGUGUUGUUUGUAUUUAUUAAGUUAGGCACCUAUACGCAAAAGGUGCGUUGCUGGAGAUGGAGAUUUUUUUUUUUCUACCGAAAUCAAACGAACUGGGUUCUCGUCGCUCGUUUCAAUGGAGCUUAUUGAAGAAAGAAACCGCCGGAAAUUAAGAAAAAAAUGUGGAGGAAAUCCACAGACCAAAAUCAUUACUUACACUGCCCGUAAAUCUCAAAGUUUACAAUUUACAAUAAAUACCGUAAUAGAUUUUAACUGAAAUAAACAUUCAAAUGAUUAGUUGUUGAAUACCAUUCGGAUAGGUAAAAGAAACGCUUGAAUCAGAUAUCAAUCAAUUAUCAUUUACUUUUCCAGUCAAAGUUUUCGUUUCUACGAGCGAUGCGAAUUCACGUAUAAAUUGAAUUCUAGAAGAAAAAGAAUCCACUUGCUUCGGCUUAGAAAAUUUAGCGAAUAAAUAGCGAAUACUGUACCUUAGCGAAAUACGUUUGGACCCGAAAGUUCAAUUUAGAUAGCAAAUUUAGGGUAAACCUUGAGUGAACCAAAAAACAAACAAAUCGAAGUUAAGAAAAAGAAAACGCUAUGGCGGACAAUCUUGCAGCUUUAAUUUACGUUGCCUGGAGUAUACGAGUUUUUGGUCUUCGUAUGCGUCUUUGUAAAUAUUAGCAAGUAAUUUUGAAUAGGUAAAAAAAGAAACAGGCUUCGUGAAACAAUUCAGUCCUACCCAGGUGUUUUUCGUGUAUAAAUGAUAUGGCGCCCUCGCGGACAUAACCCAAAGUGUGUGACGUAGCAAAGACAUUUGCGUACAAAUAUUGCUGAACUCAUUUCUCGCUUGUACAAGGAGGAAGUCGGGUGAAAGAAGAGGAGUUAGAAGAAGGAGGGAAAGGCGAUGGACGACAUGUCCCUAUGUCUCAAAGACUUGUAUCGAAAACUAUUCUGUUCAUAGCUUAAGAAAUACUAAAGACCAUACCAUAGUUCGUAGUUAUCCCUGUAUAAUGUUCAUGUUGACUAAUUACUAUCAUCUUAGGUAAUAAUAUUUAAAUAGUUAUCUCUGUUCGUUAAUUUAUGAUGAAUGAUGAAAAGUCGUCUGUUAUUUAUUUCGUGUGUUUAAAUGUUUAUGAAAGAUUAUAAAUAUCUUAAUAUAGUAUAAAUUUGUCCUUGUAAAUAGCAAACAAAAAACAAGCCACAAUUAUUCGUCGGUAGUCGGUUAAACUGUUGCCCCUAUCUUGUAUGAUAUUAAAUGUAUAUUAGGUGUUUAUUAGUUGUGUAUAGUUAGGAAACUGUAAAUUAUAGAUUUAGAAAACUUUAGGUUGUAUUUCUUGGGGCAGUUUAACCCGUGUAUUUUUAUAUAAACAGGGUAUAUUAUUGGUCGUUGAACUCAAGUUUUUGUGAAAGUUCGUAAAAAUUUUGAUCAAUUCUCAACCGAGAGUUUUUCGGAAUUGUUCCCGAUUUCAGUGGCUUUUCCAAAAUGACCGCUUUUGGCGGGUCACCUACAAAACGGGCGGACGGAAGCAUUAACGAAGGCGAGACGAUCGAUGUUAUUUAGGGAUUAAAAAAUUAUAGCGGCGAAAAAUAGUGGCUUGUUGGAAUACAUUUUCCGAUAUCAAUAUGCACAAAGUAGUAUUAGCCGUAUAACGAGACUUUGUGGAUUUUGAAUUGUGGAAAUGUUAUAUUUCUACUGUAAACUUUACAAAAUCUAUCGUUUUAAAUAGGUGUUGCAAACUUUAAUGUGGAAGCAUAUAUAUAUCGAAAGCGAAAACAUAGGUUUGAUUAUAUCAAUAUAAAGAUAUAUUUUGAAGCAAUGCUUUCGCUGUAUAAAGCUUAUGAAAAAAGGUCAUAGUUCUCUACAAAGCCAACUUAGAUGAAUUAAAUCUAGUAAUCAAUAGUUAAUUUAAUAAUUUAUGUUGGAUUUAUAAUAAAAAAAUUUAAAUUAAAAAAAAAUAAGAAAAAGGAACUCAAACUGAGACACAAAAAUGCAAGCAAUAUCAGUGAAUGUCUUGCAUAUCUAGUUUUUGUCUAAAAUUAAUUAUUCGCAAUUGAUUUUAGUCUUGUUUAAUUUUCAAGAAAUGUUAUCGAAACUAUUAAUCACAGUAUUAUUAAUACGUAAAUUCUCAUACAUAUACAUUAAAAAAAGCAUUGUAUUUUCCAUACACCAUAUAUUAUACACACACGCGCAUAAACACAAAAAACCACUUUAUAAGACUCUGUAAAUACUUAGCAUGUAAUGUUAUUGGCGAGAAAACACCCUACUAACAUGAACAUCAAAUUUAUUUAUAGUAAAAAUUUCAGAAAUAUCGCAUUA